AUGGGCAAGGACCAGCCUAGCACGCACGGUCGCAGACCUCUCAUAUGGCGACUCCCGCGUAAAAUUCUGGAUAAUGGCGCAGUCUUUCUGCUCGUGGUCGCGUGGUCUGGACCUAAUAGGCAAGACCUGUGGGCCUUACAGGCCCUUUGCACGUCAGGACUCAGAAGUUUCGACAACCCUACAACAACGGAAGAGCAUGCUACGAAGGCGAGACACGCUAGCGACGGGAGCCCAGCGCCAGCAUCUUCAACAACGUUUUGGGCGGUUAAUCGAGCCAAUCCCUCUGGUAUCAAAGAAGGAUCCCUUGGUAUGGAAAUUGGAGCAGCGGGAAAUGACAAUGAAGGAAAUGAUGGCAGACGCAAUGCAAGAAAAAUGGAGAGACAAGAGGCUGCAUACGCUAACGCCUUCGCUGUUUGGGGCGCACAGGCUCAUGCACA